UCACUGCAUGACUGAAGAGUUGUCUGGGCAUAAAAUAGCUCGCAUCCAGGCGAAGCGGGAGAGAUGAAAAGAUGAAGUUAGUUGUAGUGUUGUCGAUUUUAGUUGUGGCAUGGGGAAGGAGUCUCAAUGAACAGCAAAUAGGCUCCGAAGAAGCAGACGAUUCUGAAAUGUACAAAUGCCAGUAUGGUGGAGCAGAGUACAACGAAGGAGAUAAUCUGCCAACAAGACAUAUGUGCUUAUCAUGCAAAUGUACAAGAGAGUUCUUGGAACCCAGCAAUCGUUACUGCGACGUCAUAGAAUGUCCUAAUACGGAUAAGUUAGAUUUAGGAUGUACGCCUGUCUAUAAUGACACUGAAUGUUGUCCUAUUUCGUGGGACUGCGAUAAACCACUGCAGUUGAUAUCUCAGUGUAAGUGUGAAGAAAGAUAUUUCAAGCAUUAUGAAGCAAAGGGCUGUUUACCGGUAUAUGAAGAAGGCUGCAAUUGUCCAGUAAGAUUCAACUGUUCAACUCCCGAGGAAACUGUAAAUAACACUGUGUGCAAGUAUGAAAAUCACACAUACGAAAUCGGUGAGGACAUUGAUACCUCAAACCCAUGUGAAAUAUGUUCAUGCCAACAAAGCUAUUAUAGUAAAGAAGCUGAGAUAAAUUGCAUAUUUGUUGAGUGCCCUUCAGAUUUUGGGUUGCCAUCAGAUGACAACUGCUAUGAUGUUUACGAAAAGGAUAAAUGUUGCGCUACGACGUCAAAGUGCAUUACAGAUGAAGUUACAGAACGAACUGAAUCUACUUGUGAAUAUGGCGGAAAAACAUAUCGCCUUGGGGAAAGAAUUUAUCCCGAGGAAGAUCCAUGCAUGAUAUGCACGUGUACAGAAGACUGGUCAGGAAUCCAUGGCAACAGUUGCCGACAACAUGAAUGUAUGUUACAGAGGAAGCUUAGGAAAUUGGAACGGGGAUGCAUUCCAAUUUAUCAUGAAGCUACAUGUUGCCCAAUCGAAAUCUACUGCGGAAGUCCGGAAGAAGGCUUCAGGAAUACCACUAUGCCAUUAGCAAAUAGCAUAGAUAUUGAAUCUGGAAUGUCGUGUGAAUUUAAAGGAUCUCACUACAAGCUCGGACAAACGCUGGAUAUAAAUCAUCCUACACAUUGUGUUACUUGCACAUGUUCUACCCCUCCUGACUUCACAUGCAUUCACAAAAAGUGCCCUGGUCCACCAAACGGCGAUUAUGAAAACUGCUCGCCCACUUACUCCCCUACAGAGUGUUGCCCUACUUACGAAUGUCAGAAACUAUCUUUCUCACCUGUGCAGAUACCUGAGUGCACUCCAGUGGUAUGCCCUGUUGGUUGUUCUGAAGUAACAGUUCAUAACUCCUGUCCCUUCUGCAUGUGUAAUGAUAUUUUGUGUUCACCUCCGAAAUGUUCAACGGGAUGCGAAGUACAAAAGGAUGUUCCUCCUGGAAAAUGCCCGGGGUGUGAAUGUCCACAUAUUACAAAAGUAACACCAAUGUGUUCUCCUGUAAAAUGCACUGAAAACUGUUACGAAGCAAUUAAUCCAGGAGGCUGUCCGAUGUGCGUUUGUGGACCUGUAUGCCAUCCGCCAAAUUGUGACUCUGGUUGUGAAAUAGAGAGGGAUGUGAAAGAAGGAGAGUGUCCUAGAUGCUUCUGCCCGGACAAAGACACAAGUAUACAGUGCUCCCCAGUUCAGUGUCCUGCUGGAUGUAGAGAAUCUGUAGGAGAAUCAGGAUGUCCAUCUUGUGAUUGUGGCCCAAUGUGUACCCCUCCGAAAUGUGAAGAAGGAUGUUACGUAGAUCCAUCGCCUACAGGUCCAUGCCGUGGUUGCAUAUGUGGAGACAAAGAUCCUGCUCCUUAUGUACAAUGUGCGCCUGUCAAAUGUGGGCCUUUGUGCCAUGAAGCGUAUUACGAAGCUGGUUGCCCGAAUUGCAUAUGCGAUCCAUUGUGCUCCCCUCUAAAGUGCGAAGCUGGAUGUCGUUUAGAAUUCAAUCCUACUGCAGGCCCUUGCCCAGAAUGUGUCUGUGACAAAGAAGAAACAAAGUGUCCAAAGAUCACAUGCGGGUCCAUGUGCCGCGAAAUCAUGGGAUCUGAUGGAUGUCCAACUUGCUACUGUGAUCCCUUGUGUUCCCCUCCAAAAUGUGAUGGUAACUGCCACUUAGAAUAUGACAGAUCAGCAGGUCCUUGUCCGUCUUGCGUAUGCCUUGAAAAAAGAGAACCAACUGGUAUUCUAUGCCCACCUCCUCAGUGCGACCCUGACUGCCGUCUAGAUUACACAACUAGGCCUUGUCCUUCAUGCAUUUGUGCUACAAGAAUAACAACCUCCGCAAUAAUGUGCUCACCUCCUAAAUGUGAAGCUGGCUGCCGAAUAGAUUACAGCACUGACCCAUGCCCAAGUUGUGCCUGCGAUAACGAAUGGAAUCCAAAUUUUGGAAUACAAUGCUCGCCACCUAAAUGUGACGAAGGCUGUAGAAUCGAUUAUAGCACUGAUCCUUGUCCCAGUUGUACAUGUGAUGACAUACAAUGUACUCCUCCAAAAUGUGAUCCUGGUUGUCAUCUUGACUACAGUACUAAGCCAUGUCCCAGCUGUCAGUGCGACGGUACGUAUUUUGAAUUUCUUUUUAAUUUUACGCAAUUCUUUUCAUGCUUAGGUAGCU